AAGCUUCAAUGUGAAUUCAAUGCAACAAUGGAAAAUGUGUUGAUUUAAAUUGAAUUUCAACCCUUGUUUUAUCUUAAUUUGUAUUUUUGAUUCUAUUAAUCUGUUUAAUUUGUGUGAAAAUGCUAAUUAAUCCAUUUAUUUUGGUACAAAUUGUUGCAAUUAUUUUCCAAUCUGUGUUUUUUAAUCAAGUGUCGCUGUUACAAGCAGACUUAGAUGAACAAGUAAUUAGAUCCAAUAGAAGAUUGGAAAGGUUGAAUGGAGGUUCACAACAACGAGCAAACAGACCAACUUAUAAACCCUUUGACUGGAAUUUUAACUACCAAGAAGAGCGGUCUCAACUUCCAAUAACUGCGCGCAAUCGAAACUUGACAACUUCAUUUAACCGUACAGUUUCCUAUCAAAACCGUACUUGGGGCAGUGACUCUAAACCUGUUCACUGGGUAGAUAGGUAUUACCAUUGGUCAUCAACAUCUAACACCUCUAAAGGUUACGAUGCAGACAUUGAUGGUACUACACUAGCACCAGAUGAUGAGAUCUGGAUACCUCCACCAGGAAAUUAUUUCAUUCCAGACGAAGAUGUUUCUCAUCCUUGGUCGUUCUACGGUUCCAACUCUUGUGAUAGAAACAGUUGUUUGCCUCCAACUGGUGAUUUAUUAAUUGGUCGUGAAACUAAUUUAACUGCAUCAUCGACUUGUGGACUUGUGUUUCCUGAAAAAUAUUGUAUUCUCGGUGAUACGCUUAAAAGGAAAAAGUGUCAUACAUGUGAUUCUCGUGAGUCCGCGAGAACUCGCAAAAGUCCAUUAAAAUACCACAGAAUUGAAAAUAUUAUUACGAAGGUUGACGAAGAUUACAGAAGAUUCUGGUGGCAGGCUGAAAAUGGUGUUGAAAAUGUUACAAUACAACUUGAUUUAGGCGUUGAAUUUCAUUUAACCCAUAUCAUAAUGAUAUUUCAAACAUUUCGUCCUGCAGCUAUGGUGAUUGAAAGAUCAUCUGAUUAUGGAAAAACAUGGAAACCUUAUCAGUAUUUUUCUGCUGAUUGUGGACGUGAUUAUCCUUUUGUUAGACAAAGUCAAAGACAAAAUUUACAAGAAGUUGUUUGUGAAUCUCAAUACUCAGCAGUUACUCCUUCUUAUCAUGGUGAAGUCAUUUUCAAAGUACUUCCACCUAAUAUUCCUAUUCUUGACCCGUAUUCAGAUGAGAUAAAAGAGCUUCUCAAGGUAACAAAUUUGCGUAUAAUUUUUAAUAAACUUCAUACUUUUGGUGAUGAUAUUCUUGAUCCAAGACCCGAGAUUCGACAAAAGUAUUAUUAUGCUUUGAUGAAAAUGAAAGUUCGAGGUAGUUGCUCUUGCAAUGGUCAUGCUAGUAGAUGUGUCCCUGAAGAAGGUCAAACAGCUAUUGAUGGAAUGGUUUAUGGUAAAUGUGCUUGUGAACAUCAUACCACGGGACACAAUUGUAGACAAUGUGAACCCUUCUAUCAAGAUGCUGAAUGGAAACCCGCGAUUGGAAGACAAACUAAUGAAUGCAAACGCUGUAAUUGUAACAAUCAUGCAACAACAUGUCAUUUUAAUAGGACAUUAUGGAUAGUUUCAGGAAAAACAAGUGGUGGGCAAUGUGAGGAUUGUCAGCAUAAUACUCAAGGAGAUCACUGUGAAGAGUGUAAACCUCAGUUCUAUCGGGAUGUCAAUCGACGUAUUGAUGAUCCAUAUGUCUGCAUUCCUUGUGACUGUGAUGAACGAGGAUCCAAGAAUAACGGUAUUUGUGAGACUAAAACUGAUGAAAUACGAGGUAAAGUUGCUGGUCAAUGUCAAUGUAAAGAAAAUGUAGCUGGGCGUCGAUGUGACAUAUGCAAAUCUGGCUUUUGGAACUUGAAUAGAGAUAAUCCACUUGGAUGUCAAGCUUGUAACUGCAAUACUUUGGGAUCAACUCGUAAUCAAGCCUGUAAUCAAAUAACUGGCGAAUGCAUUUGUAAAAACAAUCUUUUCGGUAGGGAUUGCAAUUCUUGCGAAAAGAAUCAUUAUGGACUUGAAUUGUUUCCAGAUGGCUGUCGCCCAUGUAACUGUGAUCCUAGUGGAUCAUACGAUUUACAAUGUAAUUUGACAACUGGUCAAUGUCCAUGUCGUCCUCACAUUACCGGGCAAAGAUGCGAUACAAUCGAACCAGGUUACUUUGUGCCUACACUGGACUCAAUUUUGUUUGAAGCUGAAGAAGCACAUCAUAGCAGAGAUGUUAUUCCCUGGAUAAUGCCAACUGGAGCUACUUCAACUUGGACUGGGGGCGGUUUUGCUCGUGUUUUUGAAAAAUCUUUCAUUGACUUCGAAAUAAGUGUCUCUCACUCAGCACGCUACGAUAUUAUUGUGAGAUAUCAACCUGUUGAACCUAUUUGGAGUCAAGGAACUAUUCUAAUCGAACCAUUGACCGCAGCUGUUCCAAUGCCAGGAUCACCUUGCGAGAAAAACUUUGAAUACGGUUCAAAACAACUUUCCUUUCAAUUUGAAGUUAAUCGCGCUUAUACUAAAACUGGUCCUUAUUGUUUUGAAAGAGAUCAAAGAUAUAGAAUAAGAAUUGAUGUUGGUCUAAGAGUUGGUGGUAGCAAAAAUUCAACAAUAGCAGUUGAUUCUCUAGCUUUGAUUCCAACCAUGACUGACUUUGAAAUCUUCUCAGAUCCUACUCGAGAAAGAGAAAUGGAAGAAUUCAGACGAAAUCGAUGUGAUGAAUAUUUAUAUUCUGUGACGAGGUAUCAAAUUCCUGAGCCAUGCAAGAGAUAUUACCAAUCAAUGGCCAUUUCAAUGUACAAUGGAGCUCAACCUUGUAAUUGUCAUUCUACUGGAUCAGAGUCUCCUGCUUGUGAUUCACUUGGAGGAAAGUGUCGUUGUAAACCAAAUAUUAUCGGUCGUUCUUGUGAUGAGUGUGCUCAAGGCUUUUAUGACUUUGGACCAAAUGGUUGUAGUCCAUGUGAAUGUGAUUCAUAUGGAUCUGAAAAUGCUUUUUGCGAUGUGGUAUCAGGUCAAUGUAAAUGUCGACCAAAUACAUUUGGACGUCAAUGUGAUCAAUGCCAACCUGGCUUCUGGAAUUAUCCAAACUGCCAGCGUUGUGAUUGUAACUUACAUUCAGAAACUUGUGAUUCCAAAACAGGAGCUUGUCUGAAUUGCUUAGAUAAUACUGAAGGUCAUAGAUGUGAAAGAUGCUCUAAUGGUUAUUAUGGCAACCCUUUGAUGGGAAUUAACAUUCCUUGUCGUCCGUGUACCUGCCCGGGUGUACCUCAAUCAGGAAGCUUUCACGCUGAAAGAUGCGAACUUGAUCUUUCGACUAACUUGCCGCGCUGUUUCUGUAAACCUGGUUAUACUGGAGAUCGAUGUGAGCAAUGUGAUGAGAAUUAUUUCAUCGAUUCAUCUCCUGGGCCUAUGAGUGCAAAGGGAACAUAUGAGAUUAAUAAGUGUCGUCAAUGCGAUUGUAGCAAUAAUAUUGAUGUAUCACAACCAGGGAAUUGUGACAAACGAACUGGCGUAUGUCUGAGAUGUCUUUAUAAUACAGAAGGUGAUCAUUGUGAACGAUGUCGCAAGGGAUUCUAUGGCAAUGCUUUGGCACAACAAUGUACUGAAUGUGUUUGUUCACCAAUCGGUACGAAUCAAGUAUUUGGCUCGUGUGACCACAGAACAGGGCAAUGUCCCUGUUUACCAAACGUUGUUGGAAGUGAAUGUGAUAAAUGUGAACUCAAUCACUGGAAUCUAACCUCAGGUGUUGGCUGUGAACCUUGUGACUGUGAUCCUCAAGGAUCUUUCAAUUUGAAAUGCUCUGAAUUUGAUGGACAAUGUUCCUGUAGACCAGGACGUGGUGGUCGCAAAUGUAAUGAAUGUCAACCAAAUCAUUAUGGUGAUCCACGCAUCCAAUGCUUCCCAUGUGAUUGUGAUCCUAGUGGAUCCGCAACUAUGCAGUGCAAUAAAUUCGAUGGCUCAUGUGUUUGCUUAAAGGGAAUAUCUGGUAAAAAAUGUGAUCAAUGUGCUCGAGGUUACCUUGGAUCGGCUCCUCGGUGUGAAUCAUGUGGUGAAUGUUUCGAGAAUUGGGACACAACAAUACAGCAACUUAGAGAUGAAACCUUAAGACUAAUUGAACGAGCUCGUAAGAUCAAACAAACAGGAGCACCAGGGGCUUAUGGAAAGUCUUUUAUUACAAUUGAAAAUAAAUUACUGGAUGCAGAAAUAUUAAUUUCAGGAUCAAAUGUUACUGACGCUGAUAUUGGAAAUGUAAACAAAACGAUUCAAGAGUUACAACGAGAGGUUGAUUUUUUGAACCAAAAAAUAUCUGCAGCUGAAAGAGAUACUGAUCAAACUGUUCAACGUACUGGUCAAGCCAAUUUACGCCUUGACGAGUUGAAAUUGUUGGCUCGUGGUUUGGAAGCUCAAAAUGCUGAGUUACGUGAAAAUACAACUAAACUUAAAGCAGAUGAUGUUAGGAGUGCAUUGAACCUGACAGAAGACGCUUACAGGCGAAGUUUAGCAGCUGAAAAAAAGGUUGAAGAUGCUAUACCUAACAUCUAUAAGUCUAGAAAGCUUAGAUAUGGAACAGAAAAAUUAAUCUCAUCCACAAAUUUCGAUCAUGAAAAAUCAAUGGAAAACAAUCGAGGAUCGUUGAGUGCGAUUUCGGCAAAAAUUAAACAUUUAGAAGACAAUAUUCCAGAUAUCAACAAAUUGGUUUGUGGCGGUCGAUCUACCGUUGAUAAAUGUGAUUAUACUUGUGGAGGAGCCGGUUGCUCAAAAUGUGGUGAUAUUUCUUGUGACGCUGCAACUACAAAAGCUCAAUCAGCACUCAACUAUGGCCAGGACGCUGAGAAAAUUUUGAAAGAACUGCGUGAAAAGGGAGAAGACGAGGUGAGGAAUACUGAAGAAGCUCGCCGUCGUAGUGAGGAAGCUUUACGUGAAGCUCAAAGAGCAUAUGAUAGAGCUAUUGCUGCCAGAAACAAUUCAGAGGCAAUGAGCAAAGAGAUUCAAGAUUUAUUUAAUCUUAUUGAUGAAUUCAUGACUGCCCAAUCAGCGACUCCAGCUGAGAUACGAACAGUUGCUGAAAACUGCCUGAAAAUUCAAAUAUCAUUAACUCCGGAACAAAUUCUUGAUCUUGCCAAUAAAAUCAACGUAACUCUCAAAAAUGUGAAAAACAUUGAGAAAAUUUUAGAUGAAACUGAAGCUGAUUUGCGUAGAGCACAAACACUCGAAUCAGAGGCAAACUUCACCAAGAAUCGUGCAGAUGAAAUAUUAGGAAUGGCCAGAGAGGUAUUGAAUGCUUUAGCUGUUGCUCAAGAAGCUCAAAAUGAAGCAGCGAAUUCAAUCAAAAAUGCUAAUGAACAAUUUAAUCGAGCUCAAAUAGAUCUUGAUUCCAUUUCAUCUGAGACUGAAAGUAUUGCUCGACAAUCAGAACAAGCUAAGAUUAAGAUCGAAGAACUACGAAAGAGAUUGGAAGGACUUCGAAUAAGCUUUACGAAAAAUACUUACUCAGUAACUCAAGCAUCCAAGGAAGCUGAUAUUGCUACAGAUAUGGCUAAAGCUGCAGAAGCAGAAGUUGGUGGCUUGGAAGCUAAGUUUGAAGAAGCUAAACGAAAACUGGCUCAAAAAGAAGCAGAUUCUGGCUUACAGAAGAAACAAUCAGAGUCAAUCAGAUCAAGAGCUGAAAAAUUAGCUAAAGAUGCUAGUGAAAAACUUCGACUCUUACAAGACAUAGAAGAUAAUUACACCGAUAAUGAAGAAGAUUUAAACAAAUAUGCUGCUGAUAUUGAACAAAUGAACAAAGAUAUGUUAAACUACCUGAAUAUCAUUGAGGCUAGAUCAGCAUUCCAUAAAAAUUGUCAAACCUAGUUAAUCGGUAAAAAUAAUUAUAAAAAUAAAGAGUCUUAAUCAUCAGUUAUGCAAACUCAUUUUGGCUGCUUAAUUACUGCAUUAUUGAAGCUAAACUGAUUCUUGUAAUAAUAAAUCAUAUACUCUGUUUAUGCCUUGA